AUGGUUUUACCAUUUGGUCUAAGUUCGGAUGGCCACCACAAUCCUGACGGGUCGACGAACAAGGCGGGCACGAGUGGUGGUGGUGGUGAUAGCAGCAGCAAUCCUGCAAAUAGCAAUACAAACCGAACAGUGGCCUAUGCACCCACGGCGCCACCUUAUUUCAUGAGGGCACACACAAAUGUGUCGACCGGUGUCCCCAUAAUUCCAUGCCCCUACAUUGACUUCAUUAUCGUCAAUGGCGACGACCGCUAUAUGAUACGGUGCGAACGCAAAGCCGUAUUGGAAAAUAGCGUAGAAUUGGCCAAAUUGAUCCAUGCCGGCCCGAACAGCGGACGCAAAGGUGAUAAUCAUUUUCAGAUCUCAAAUGUAGAUAAACAUGAUUUCGAACUUGUCAUACGAUUUUUGGAAACAAAAUUUGUCAAAUAUCGUGAUCAUUUGCAUAUAUUGAAAAUCCUUGAAUUGGCUGAUCGAUACAAUUGUCCCGAUUUGAUUAUACACUGCAUUCGUGAAUUGGACCUGCAACUGAGCAGUGCAACUGUGAUCGAUGUGUUUAGAGCUUUGUGGUUCUACCAGGGCAUCACACCGACCAAUCCGCAUCAGAUCGGCUCUGUGAUAACGACCCAAGAGUUGGCCUCGAAGAAAAGCAAACGCAAAGCCCACCAACAGGCUGUUCUGAAUUCAACAAGUGCCAAUCCCAAUACCGCUCCGAGCACAAACUCAGCGCAAAUACCCGCCCCAAAUCCGAAUCCCUUUACAACGGAAGACUACGGUGUUGCCUUGCUUCACAAUGCCCUGCAAUUGAUCGACAUGCAUGCCGAACUGAUUCUCAGCAAACCGGAAAUGACUGAAUUACGAUUCGAGGAAUUGGAGAUGAUUGCGAAACGUGAAGCCCUACAACUUAGCUCAGAACUGACACUAUUCACCUGCCUGGCAGAUUGGAGUAUAGCGGAGUGCAAUCGCAAAAAGAUGGAUGCGACAGCUGAAAAUCGUCGUCGUGUCCUGGGGCCGCUCUGUCUGACGCCACGUUAUUGUUUAAUGACGGCAGCGGAAUUUCGUAAAGCAUGUGACCGCGUGGAACUGUUGAAUCCCGUAGAGACGUCGUUAGUUAGUGAUGCCAUUGAAGGUAAAAAACUUAAGAAUUUAACACCCGAACAAAGUCAAUUAUUGGAGAAAUUUCGAACGGCACGACCGGAGUUUGCCAAAAUGCCGAUACAUCUGAGCGAUCGCAGUAAUCCAAAAAAUUAUCCAAAGAAAAUGAGACGUGCUGAAAAGGGUGCCACCGAAGAGGGAUGCUGGGAGAAUUUCGGACUGAACUGUUUGGCAGUGUUUGCGUGUAUCUUCGAUUGA